GCCUGUUAAAGGCUCUGGCUCCAUUAUUAUCUGGUGCAGUGGGGACUUAUUAUGUAAGUCCUGAAACCUGAGUCAGUCACCUGUUCUGCUACCUGAGCUCAGGCCCUGGGGACGGAUGAAGGACAGCCAGGCUGCACUUAGCUGAACACCAUGGAGCUGCUGGGAGCUCCAGGAAAAUCCCUGAAGGCAGUUUUUUAACCAGCUCAACUAAACCAGAGGAGUGAGAGCAGGACAGCGCCCACUGUGGCCUCUGCUGAUGCAACUCAAUAUGUGGAGUGAAACAGCUACUGCUUGAGAGUGCUUAAUAAGGUCAUCGCUGCUUCACUGCACAAGAAUGUUCAGUCAUCUGGAAUGAGGUGGGGGCAAGCAGCAGAAGAAACCGUGUCUCUCGGAGCAAAAUCCAGCCAGUCUCCUGUUACAGAGGGGUGGUCCUUUGGUGGAGUUUUAAACCUGAUGCGCCAGGCAAAACGAACAGCAUUUUCUCUUUUCACUUAUCCAUUACAAGGACUUCUGCAUCUAUCCUCUUUAACAUUUGAUCAGCUGCUCCAUAACUAUCACUUUCCCUGAAAAGAAGAGCCUCAUUCUAGUCACCAAUGAGAGUCUCAAUCAUCCAGCUGGAUCCUACCUCUUUAAUGUCAAAUAAUUCAACACAAGGCCACUCGCCAUCAAAUGGAUUGUCAGCAGGAGAUCCAGGACAGAUUAAAGUACAACUUGUUGGAUGGAAACCAAACUAUUUAGAGACAGACCAAAAGCAGGAAAUGACAGAUUUCACAGUAUUAAAACCGUUCUCCUCUGAGCUUUUCUACAGGGUGUGCAUAUAUCAUGAGAUGCCUCUGAGGACCUGUAGCUCUGCUGUGUUUUUGGACAAGUCACUUUGCAUUUCACUCGCAGAACUUGCUGCAGGAACGAGAGGAGUUCAAGCCCCUUUGUACAGAACUGACCUGACUUGUCAGCUUGAUGGGAAAUCUCUACGCAGAUCCACUACAAAUAAGAAAUCAGCCAAAACAAAGGAAGUUUACAGGAGAGGUAAAUUCAACAAGAGCAAUGGUCAAGAGCAUAAAUUGGAUCACAGGAAGAGCCCAUUAUCCAAUUGCCAUGGACACGAGGCCAAUCAAAAGACACCUGCUUGUGGCAUUAACAGUAAGGAUGACAACUCAGAAAAGCAGAUACACAGCACUUCUUUGGGAUUGUCAUUCAGAGAGCCAUCUGCCUUGAACACAAAGGCUACAAAGCAGAAGGGGCAUGCAAAUGAGGCAGCCUUCUUUGCUCCGAGCAAUUUCAGGCACAGGAAGCUCACUUUUCCCUUUAGUUCAGUGAUGAUGAGCAAGCAGAGAGGAAGUCAAAAGACAGAUGAGGAACAGGGAGGUGGCAAAUCCACAGAACCUGAUAAAAUUUCCACUUGUCAUCCCCCUUCACAGCUGCAGAACGAUUCUGUGGGAGGCACUACCGAAACAUUGAGCCUGAAAGAGGCUUUAGAGAUCUUCAGGCCAGACUUCAUUAGCCGAUCUCAGGGUCGGAUGAGGAGGUUAGACCAGAGGGCCAGGAGAAGGAAAGCACUGCAGGACUCAAAUCCAACUUUAUUGCAGGGGCUAACAGAAGAUCGAGACAAGCAAAAGAGGAACUGUACUACACCAGAUCCACUUAGUGAUAACCUUUUCAAGCCGAGGGAGAGGUCUAUAUCAGACAGAGAGAUGCAGCUCAGGUCCAGACGGAUUUACAACAAGCUGCCGGAGGUGACAAAGAAGAAGGAGGAGGAGGAAAAGAGGGCUGUAUCUCAAACCAACAGACUGCGAGCAGAGGUCUUCAAAAAGAGACUUCUGGACCAGAUCCUGCAAAGGUGAACCAGACUCCAUCAGGCAGCUGCUUCAAUCAAAACCACUGGCUACAUAUGUGUGCAUUCCUUUGUUGGGUAGUGUCUAUAAAACAUCAAGUUAGCUCUUCACAUUGUUGCAAACAGGGAAACUUGAUUUUGUUUUUGUUCUUCCUAAAAUAUCUAGUUAUUUUUAAACAGAGGUGGAUUACCCAGGUUUUACCCAUGUUUCAGAUGCACAAGUGUAAAUAUCUUCCAUCUAAUCUAUUCCUCAGGUUUAAAGUCCUUUUGAUUAAAUGCCAGAGAAAGUGUUGAUGUGACUGAAGUUUUCCCUGGCUGUGUGAAGCACAAAUUAACACGGCACGGCCUUUCUCCUCUUGUUGUACACUGGGCACAGUAGUGGUUAGUUGGCAGAAAGAAGGCCAACUAACCACCAGUUAGUUGGCCUUCUGCUUACAAGGAAAACAAGAUCAGCUGUAUGGAAAUAUUUCCAAUCUUGAAAAAUAUGGAUAUAAUGGUGUGGAAACUAAAGGUGUGCCACCCAUCUUUAUUACUAAGGUAAAACUGUCAAAAACUACAGUAAAACUAUAUAGUAUAUCGUAUAUAUAACUAUAUAGUAGCAUGUCAGUUAAGUAGCUGACUAAAUACCAUGCUAAUAACAACUUGUUAUACUUCUGGUGUUAGUGUUAGUCAUCUCCAGUCAGAGCAGAAUGACAAUGGGUGUUUUCUUGAGAAUUAUUACUAAAUGAAGCAGGUAUUUAUUCUAUACCUUUCCAUUUGUCUAUUUAUCAAAACUCACUAAAUAAGUAAAUAAAAAACAUUAGUUUAACUGUAACAUAAGUACAUUCUUUUAUUUUAGUAGAAAUAAGAAUAAUUGUUGUUUUUCUGUUUUACAUAAAAACAUUUAGAACAUGUUAUACAUUUUAGUUUUAAACGUUUAUAUUAAAACUAUGAUACGGUAAAACCAUGGCAUUGUUACCAUACCUUGCAGUCUAAAGUGUUUUCUCGCUGAAAAAUUUCUGGGAUAGAUUUUGGUAUGCAACUUUUUUUCUGAAUGAAAACUAAACAAAAGCUAAACAAAAUCUCCAGCAGAAUAACUGGAACUAUGACCAAAAGGAAACUCUGAAAGGAGAUAAAAUCCAAUCUAAUAGUCUAAUUCUUUAAAUCUAUAGGUCUUUGAAACAACAACAGUAAAUUUGGAUCCCAUUAUUUAGCAUCAAAGCAUUGGUUUGGAUUUUGUUUUAAAUAAGGUUCUGUGAAGUUAUUAUUGGUUAAAGGUUAUCCUAAUACAAAGUGGUAGAAAGAUCCCACAUCAUUGUGAGCUUGUUGGAAAAAAAAAAAAAAAACAGAACAAACCCUUUAAUUCUAUUCUAUCUAGUAUAUAGAUAGAUAGAUAGAUAGAUAGUUUGGCAUCAACAUUAUGCUUUCAAUUGUAGUGCAAGUCUCACAAAAUGGGAUGAAACUGCAGGUAAAAUUAGGCUUUGAGCUGACUGACCUCACUUUGUCUGUAGGACAGUUUUGAAUUUCAAGCUAAUCGAACACAUGAGACACAAGGUGCCUGUGAAAAAAGGCCCUCUGUCACAGAGCUCCAAACCAAAGAAGACUUUGUUAUAAGAGAGGAGGCUCCUAAAGUGCAGCCUGGGAGCCUUUUCCUCAUAUAGCCUGUAAAGGUGACAGACAACUCUGAUGCAUUUUAAACAGUGCCAGCUGGGACAAUGAGAGAGUUAAACACACACACUUUAAACAUCCAAAGUGUGUUGACAGAGUUUUUUUCACAAACACCACAUUUAAAAUAUAAUUGUGAACAAUAAUAAAUUAAUAAAUCUGUAAUAUACAAAGACUGCCUAGUUAUUUUAAGAGUUUUCAUUUAUAACCUUUUGGUAUAGAAAGGAGUAUUAAUGUCUGCUUACAUCCCUCCUGCCUGUGUUACCAAGAAGCCUGUUUGGGAUCAUUCCACUUUGGAUAGCAAUUUUCCUGCUGCCAUGUAGGCAGGUUUCACUGACUGACAAGAGCUAUAGCUGAGGAGACAGGCUCUUGUCAGUCGGCUUUUCUCUCUCUGAGGAACCAUGGGUCUGGAUGUCACAUUAUUGUCUCUGCAUAAUGUGGACUGUGCUUCUAGGUCCCUCCACAAGCUAGAAUGACUCAACUGCCCUCAAGUUAUCUCGCUUUUAAAAAGAAGACUUAUAAGAUAGGAUUGACAUAGGUUUCAUCCAAAGACGGAGCCUCAGCUUUUUUUUUUUUGUUUAUUUGUGGCUUUAGAAACAAAUUAAGAAAAAAAUCAAAGAAAGCCUUUGGUGAAUGAAAAGGUCUGUUUAAAAUAUGCCACAAACUAUGUAGGGGGAGGCAGAAGAUUGAGGAAGAAGGUAACUUGGUCAGAUGAGACCAAAACUGAAAAGCUUCAUCUACAUGUUAAACAUUAUGUUAGAUCAAAAAAUAGCAACACUGCACGUCACCUUUGACAGACUCUCUAUAGAAAGAUAUUGUGGUGGCAGCGUAACCCUGUGGGUAUGUUUUUCAGUAGGGUCAGAAUUGAUGGAACGCUGUAUAAAAUCUAAUAUAGGGCAACCCUCUCAAAAAACCGGCUAGAUACUGCAAAAGACUUGAAUAUGAGUGGAUGUUAACCAACCAAGAGGAUAACCACCCAUAGCUACCAUGAGCUGGUUUAGAUCAAAGCAUAUUUGUGUGUUGGAAUGGCCCAGUCAAAGCACAGUCCUAAAAUGUGAUAGAGAACUUGCGGCAAUGAUGUUCACAGACAUAAUUUUCCAUUUCGAUAUCUUUGCCCCUGCUCUGCAUCCAAGUUGCCGUCGUUUUGAACUCAUCUGGGAUUUGGGGCUGUGCUUAAGGUAUUUUUUUGAGUUAUUGAGAUGUUAAUGAGGUGUUGCUAUGGUUACACAUCAUAACAGAUUUCCAAUGGUACAAAGGUAUCAGCAAAUUCACAAUUCUAGAAUCAACAUUUUUAAUAUAUAGUUUUACGUAACACAGUUACCAUAAAUGGGAUUCAGAGGAAAAAUGUCAUACUACAUGAAAAACACUUUGUGUAAUACAUCAGUGUACAUGCAGUGAUUUCAUUGUAUGCAAGUAUUUUCAAUAUUUUAUGCAAUAUUUGUGUAAAACGAACAUCUGCUGUUGUUUAAGUGCCAUAGAUCAUAGAAAUGGGAGAAACUGGAUUGUAAUUGCUGUUUAAUUUAUUAAAAUAAGCAAAUAAA